AUGCAUUACCAUGCAGUCGCUCAUGCGAUCAAGGUUUCCGACUUCACGAUUGUGCCAAAGGAGUUGAAGUACGUGACCACAAUGGGCACUGAAAAGAUGGCAUUCUUGGAUGCGAAAGUCAUCAACGACAUCUACUGCCCGAAUGCCUGUGCUGGACGAUCAAAUCUACACUGUUUGGCCGGCGGCUAUCCUGAUCCGAACAAUUGCGCCGUUUGCCGUUGCCCAGAAGGAUUAGGAGGUGCCGACUGCGGCCGAUUACAACCUAGUGCUUGUGGCGGUGAACUACAAGCAACCGACACUUGGCAAACGCUCACCAGUCCGCCGGGAAAAGACGUCAUCUGCUACUGGAGGAUAUCGGUGCCAGAAGGAGCUCAUGUACGUUUCCGACUCUCCGACGGAGAGUUCCCGUGCUCAUAUGGCUGUCAGUCGUAUGUGGAAAUCAAGCAUAAACUGGACAUCCGAUUGACCGGAUUCCGGAGGUGA